GGCAAUGAAGAACGGCAGGAAGUCUGAUGGAGAUCGCAUUCUUCCUUUACCCUCUCCCGUUCAACCACAAUGAUGUCGAGGAGAUGGAUUCUCUUCACGACAGCGUGGAUCAGGUUUGGCCUUGUCGUGUUACCAGCGAUACGAGCUUUUUCGUUUCCGCCAACCUCGAAGCUUGCCCUCGUUCGGGGGUCAUGCCUGCGGAGAGGCGAUCGACAGCACUGGCCGUCCGAUGAUCAUCCGCUCACGUCGCUACGAAACGCCGUAUCCCACAAUCCCGAAACCGUUUCUUCAGAGGUGGGUGGUGGUAGUAGUGGUAAAAGCAGUAGUACUGCCACGAACGCCACAAGCCAGACAAUCCGAGUACCAGAGUCGGUCCUCCCCGUCUGCCAAUUUUGUGAGCUGCCCUUUGGUUCACGGAACGCCCUGUUUCGCCAUCUACGGACCGAUUUGGUUUGUCGAACACGUGCACGCGAAGCCAACGGCGGCGGGCCGGAGUCACUCCACCCGAUCACACACGCCAACGUGCGGUACGACAUGGCCUGGCAAAUUGCCUACGUCCGUGGGAAGGACCCCGUGCCUAGUUUCACGGGUGUGGCUAGUGCGUCAGCAAGUUUCGGAAACCCAACGUCCACACGUCGUCCCGAAGCGGAACGGGCGGGAAUUCUACUGCGGAAGGCUGUGGAAUACGCCUUGAAUGCGGACGCGGCGGGCCGCACAGAUCCCAUCAACGAACAUCGUGGUACUACCAACGCGACCGUGACUGUGUCUGCGCCAAUCGUAACCCUUGGUCCGAGUAGUACCCAGGUGACGGUCGCCAACCAACGACACUGGAUCUUGUCGCAGCCGGUCGAUACGGCGGCUGCCGGAGACGUGAUUACCUUGAGCUAUUGGGGACCACCGACGUUGCCGGGGUCGGACGAAUCUUGUCGCGCACGCUUGCCGAGACUGCUCAAUUUGACGCAAGACUAUCUCACACACGCAACGGCCAACGAGGACGACUCGUUGCGAAUACGCGUCGUAUCCGCCAAGUACUUGUCUUCCUCGCGGAGAUUACACGCCGAGCGCAGUUGUACGCAGCAAGUUUACCACUAUCUGUUACCCUUGCGGUGGUUGCCGGACGGCGACGAACUCGAACGAUGGUGGUUACGCGACAGCAAACAACAACAAUCCCGUGAUGCGAACAGUGAUGGAAAAGAAAAAGGCGGUUUGCACACGAAUCGAUUCGUAACUCCACCUCCGUCCGAUGCCUUGCGCAAAUUGCGGGACGCAUUGCGCGCGGCUGAGAGUGUGGCGGUACCGAACCGCCGUGUACGUCGCAAGCCUUUGCAGAGUACGAGUCCCGCUAAUGAUGGUGAGAGUACUGAGGUGGGUACGAACGAUUCGAACGGAUUCAGUGCGUUACCUUUCGAGCUUAAAUUGGCUUCAAGCCGUUACGGAACAUUGGCGCACAAGGCCAAACGAGCGUGGCACAAUUUUGCCGAUCCAGAGCUACGCGGCGACGCCAGUCCAAACCAGGAGCCCGUCUGGCGUGUACUUGAUCGCGCGAGGAUUGUUGAAUUUUGGUCAAGCAAUACCAGAGUGUCCCUUGAUAAUCUUCCUACUACAGCCUCGAAAAAUAGUCGAGAAGAAGCCAUUGCCGUCCUGGAAUUUCGUGGAGACAAUUUUGUUGCCCAGCAGAUCCGGCGGAUUGUCGCAACGGCAUUGGCUGCCACGCACGGUUACACUCCGUCGGACGUAUUCGAGGUGGCCACCCGACCUGACGUCUUUACUAAAACUCCGAUAGCCCCCGGUGGUCGUCUCUACUUACAGGGUGCCCGCUUUCAUUUUGAUGAGCAACGGACGGGAGAGCAAGUUUUUGUCGGUGAAGAGGUCGUCCAGCUGAAUGGCGGUACUGCGGACGAUGCCACGGUUUGGGUCCAGUCCGAGCUCUUGCGCCAACGAAAUUCCGAGAAAUUGCGGCAAGAAGAGUCUGAAUGGCUGACGAGGCUCAAAUACGCUGCGAACGAAAUGAACCUUGGGAUGGAUGACUGGUCCAAAACCGAUUCAAAUCUGUUGUCACUACCGGCUGCUCCUAACAGCUUUCAAGCAGCGCUGGGUGAACUUCGCAAGAUCAUCAGCGAGGGAUGUUGGCCCGAAACUUCAAUUGCCCGGUCCAACGUGAUUCGGCGAGACGAUCUACGACACGAUUCUAAGGACGCUCGUGCUGGUGGAUCGUUUACCGUUGUCAAUCCCACCUUUCGGGAUGGACUGUACCGAGACGCUGUUGGUGCCAACCCGCUGCCACGCGCAAAUCGACUGUUUCCGGAUCUAGUCCAAGCAGUGUUUGCGUUGGAAGCAUCUUUGUCAGAGCACAAUUUAAAACAGGCUAACGGCGAUGCCGGUAUCGGGAUUCAUCGGAAACGAGGAGAGCCGCGUCCUCCUUCCUCACAUUGUGCGAUCAAUUGCAACGCUCGGUUUACACCGCAUGUGGACAGCGGUCGCGGAGCUGGACAAAGCUUAAGCAUGAUCGUGGGACUGGGAGAUUAUAGUGGUGGAGAGUUAGUGGUAGAGGGUAACAUGCACGAUAUUCGCUACGAGCCUUUGGAGUUUGAUGGCUGGAAACUACGGCAUUGGACGAAUUCAUACCAUGGUGAGCGGUUCUCGCUCGUGUGGUUCACGCCUGAAGUGAAAGAUAGCACCUAA